AGAAAUUGAUUGAAAUCAUGCGGCAUUAGCAUGACAUAUACUACUAAUACAUACAUGAACGUACGUCUGAGGUUAAAUUCAUAGAUACUACUCUGUGUUUCAUAUUAAUUGUCACUUUAUUUUAUUUUUGUUACAUAAAAAUUGGUCGUUCUACAAUUGCAAUGCCAUUUAUACUUAGUUUUAUCUCAAUAUUAAUUAUAAAAUACAUUGAUUUUAUAAAAAAAAUUAUUUAUCUAAAAUGCUAUUGAUUGAAUAGAUAACAUUAAUAAAAAAAUUCAUAAACGCAUUUCAAUCAGUUUCUUAAUAAUAUAAAAAAUGUGUAAUUGACAUUUUUUGUGAAACAGAUGGAAUAUGAAACAGCUAGCCUUUGGCCUUUGUCAUAUGAAUUCAGUACAUAAGUACAUCAUUAUUCCCUAUUUGUCUUUUCUGCGCACUCCUAGGCUCAAGCCGGAAACCUAGGAAUCACGCAAUUUCCCGAAACAGAAGCAACAACCCUCGUUUACUUCAACUUUCAGAUGACGAAUCACGGAAGGACCGAAAAAUGUAUUGAAGAAGUUAAUAGGCUUAUGUCCUUUACUGCCUUGGUAAGUAAUUAUAUGAAAACAGACAGAUAGAACGAGGGUAUCUGCAACAUUUCAGGUUUUCGUAGAGAAAACGUUUAUUCAAAGCUCAUAACUUUCAGUAGUGUGUUCGGCACAGACCAGCAGAGGCACUAACUAAAUUUUGAUUUUCUAUAAGUUAAUUAGUACAAAAUUUUGAUUUUCUUUAAGUAAUUUACUUCAACUAUAUGAAAAUACUUCCGGUUAACUCGAAAUUUAUGAUAGUCCUCUCGGGUAAAAAUUGUUUUUAGAUCCAUUACUGCAGACGAGAUGCCCUUCCUUGGACUAAACGUUCUACCAGAAUUAGAUAUCUAUUAAUGUCCAUACUUUCAUAUUAUUAUGAUAUUGUCCGAUUUAUACUUCAGCAUUUAUGGAUUUGCUUAGAAAGUGUUUCCCCCCAAGAAGUCUACUGCACUUUGAGGGAGAGAGAAAACGAAAUAUUUAAACAAGUCAUGUGACUGACCAACUAAUAUGAUUUGAUUAUAUUCUAAAUUAAAUGAUCGUCUGACAUUUUUUCCUCCCACUCUUUCCCAACAAUAAGCACAGACUAGAUAUUAACCCGCACAUCCGUGCGGAUAUAUUUAUAUUUUUAAAUUAAUAUUUAAAAUAUAAAAUAUGUUAUAAAGAUAUAUAUCUAAUAUCAAUUUUAUGUUAAUUUUUAUUUUGAAAAUUUAUAUUUGUUGAAAUUUGUUUGAUGAUAUUGUACAAAUCAUAUAUUAAUGAAGUAUUUUUGUUUAUUUAUUUAAAAUGCAAGAUCAAUAUUAAUAGUUCAAUUUUAAACAUUAGUUUUAUAUGUAUUAAUAAAAAAAAUUAUUAGCUUCUUUGUUUAGAAAUUUUUAUUCUCGAAAUAUUUUUAUAUGAAUAAAUUAAAUUAUUUUUGUUAUAUUUUAAAAUAUUAUUUUAUUUAAUAUUUUAUAUUUCAGUUUAAUGUUUUUAUUUUUACUAAACAUAUCAACAUAAAAUGUUACAACCAAUAAAAUAUUUUUUAUUUUGUUUUAUUUAAAAAUUUAUUUUGAUAAUUUAAAAGAAUUGGACUAUACUUUUUAAUUUUAAAAUUAGUUACUGGAAUAUAUAAAAUAUGGUCUAUAUUAAAUAUAAGAAGCUGUCAAAUGAUGAUUACCUAAUGACAAUAUAUUUAUCUUUUUUAGAAAUGUUAUUGUUUAGAUAUAUAUUGUUUUUGUUAGAAGAAUAUCAUAUAUGAAUAAUUUUAGGAUGUUUAUUUAAAUUUCUAAUGAAUGGUCUAACAUAGACUUGUAUAUGAUAGAUAAAAAAUAGGACUCUAUUUUAAUAGAGUAGAUGUUUAUCAAAAUAUAAUAACAGAAGAUAGUAGUUGUAUAUCGUUAAUUCAUCGAUGAUAUCUAAGUACUCCACUGAAACGUGUGCGCGGACGCAAACUUCUAGGGCUUAUACUUACUAUAUGACAGAGUCAACUGAAACGGAAACCAAACAUUACAACGAGUAUCACUAAAGAUUAUCCCGACUAUAUCUUUUGGACAAUACCAAUAUGGAAUCAACAGGAUUGAGUUUUGGUCCUAAAAAUCUGCCUAACGUUAACAGAGUCCUUCUCCCUCUCAAGACCAACGUCUCUCUCUUUCCUAGCCGUUGGCUUCACAAUCACACUCUUUCCCUGAAACCGGAAAAAUACCACUUGGUUUGCGUUAGGGCUACUCAGAGUAAUGAUGAUCUUGAGAGAACUCGUCCCUUGGUACACUUUUCUCCCACUCUUUGGGGAGAUCACUUCCUUUCUGUUCCCCUCAAUGUCGAUGAAUUUGAUAAUUUAUCGAGAGAGAUUGAAGUGACGAUGAAGCCAAAAGUGAGAGAUAUGCUCAUGUCUUUCAAAAAUAGGGACAGUGAAAGGAUCCGUCUCAUCCAUUUGCUAGUGAAACUUGGAAUCGCAUAUCAUUUCGAGACUGAGAUUGAUGAGAUUCUUAACAAAGCUUUUGGAAAAAUUGAUGGCAUAAUAGCCCAACAAGAUGAUUUGGAAACAAUCUCCACCAUGUUUGAGGUUUUCAGACUACGCGGUUACUACAUGUCUUGCGAUGCAUUCAGUAGAUUUCAAGGUGAGGAUGGAAAUUUUAAGGAAAGUCUAGCCGAGGACAUUAGGGGGAUGCUGCAGUUGUACCAAGCGGCACAUCUCGGGACACCAUCUGAAGAUAUAAUGGACGAGGCACUGAGAUUCACUCGGCAUCACUUGGAGUCGUUGACAGGUAAUCACGCAGCAAGUGUUAGUCCCCAUCUCUCUACGCAUAUAAAAAACGCAUUGUGUAGAGCUCGAUAUCAUAACUUGGAGAUGUUAGCCACAAGAGAAUAUAUAUCUUUUUACGAUCAAGAAGAAGCUCACAACGAGACGCUGCUCAAGUUUGCUAAGCUCAACUUCAACUAUUGUCAGCUACAUUACAUCCAAGAGCUAAAAGAUCUGACCAAAUGGUGGAAAGAUAUAGAUCUUUCAUCUAAGCUACCUUACAUCAGGGACAGAAUUGUAGAGGUCUUUUUCGGGUCAGUGGCAAUGUAUUUCGAGCCACGGUAUUCACUUGGGAGAAUUAUAGUCGCUAAACUAACAGCGGUGGCGACUGUUUUUAAUGAUACAUGUGAUGCAUAUGGCACCCUUCCUGAAGUUACAAGUCUUGUGGAUGCUUUCCAGAGAUGGGAUCUUGGGGGCACUGAAAAGCUACCAAGCUAUGUAAGAAUCGUUUUUGGAAGUGUGUUUGAGACUUUAGAAGAGAUUGAACAAGAAAUGAGGCCAGGAGGAAGAUCAGAAAUUGUGCAAGUAGUUGUAGAUGAGAUGAAGAAGUUGGCGAGAGCGUACUUGGCCCUCUCGAAAUGGUCACGUGAAAGUCACGUGCCAACCUUUGAAGAGUACAUGGAGAUUGGCAUGAGGACGUCAAUGGAUCAAUAUGCUGCCUAUAGCUUUAUCGCGAUGGAAGAUUAUGAUGAGACACAAAUCUGCGAAUGGUACAAUUCCAAACCCAAAAUGAUGGAAGCUUUGAACGGUGUUUUUCGUAUUGUGAACGACAUAUCCACCUAUGAGCGAGAGAUGAAGAGAGGAGAAGUGGCUACAGGUCUGAAUUGUUACAUGAAGCAACAUGAAGUUACCAAAGAAGAAGCUAUUGAAGAAUUAAACAAGAUUGCUACUAAUUAUUACAAAUUAAUAAUGGAGGAGUUUUUGACAACAACCGCUGUGCCACGCCCGGUUCUGGUGCGUUGCCUCAAUGUUUCGCGACCCGUUGAUAUUAUCUACAAGGAGAGUGAUAAAUUCACAAAUCCUGGGGAGCUCAAAGACGCCAUCAAAUCUUUGUUCAUUCAUCCAAUUCCACUUUAAUACGGUGAGAACCUCUUCAAAAUAAAAUACUCAAAACAAAAACAUCCAUCGU